CCUAUUUUUAGGCACCUUCCAUCUAAAAUGGUACCUGGCUACAUACGAUUUAAAUAGCAGUGGGAACCAUAAUCAUGUAUGAUCUACACAAUAUAUAUAAGUCUGCACAGAAUGGAAAUUUGUCUUUUUUCCAGGAACACAUCAAUGAAAAGUUGUUCAAAGAAACAGUUUUCAUCAGCAGUUAUGCAAAAUCUGGUGAUACAGUCCUGCACUAUGCUGUUAGACACGGCCAUUUUGAUUUGGUCAAAUAUCUUGUGGAUGAAGGUUUCAAUCUUGAACUAGGAAAUUUUGAUGGAAAGAGGCCAUUACAUGAAGCAGCACAUUUUGGGCAAGCAGUUUGCCUAAAAUUUCUGUUAACGAAGGGUGUCAAUGUGGAUGCUUUAAAAAGAGCAGACUGGACACCCUUGAUGUUAGCCUGCACCAAAGAUGAUCUAACCGUUGUCCAGAUUUUAGUAGAAAACAGAGCAAACUUACAUUUGAAAAACAAAGAUGGCUGGAACUGCUUUCAUAUUGCUGUCAGAGAAGGGCAUUUACCAAUUGUUCAGUAUCUACUGAAGCAAGACACAUCACUAUGGGAUACAGCCAGUAAGAAUGGGCGGACACCACUUCAUACAGCAGCUCUUCAUGGUCGUAAUGAUGUUUUGGAGUAUUUACUGGAUGUGUGUCAAUAUGGGACUGACAUGAAAGACAGUUGUGGCUCCACACCCCUCAUGGAUGCUCUUAGGAUCCAGGAUGUUGAUGCGGCCAAACUGCUCAUCUCUAAACAUCAGACUGAUGUCAUGAUGGAAGAUAAUCUAGGUCGCCAGGCUCUUCAUAUAGCAUCACAGACAGGUGCUUGUAAAUCUGUGCAGUUACUUGUAGAGCAUUGUAAGGUCAACCCUGCUGGAACAUGUUCUACAAAUGGUGCUACAGCUCUUCAUAUAGCUGCUAAGGAAGGCCAUGUUGGUGUUUUAAAACUGUUGUUGGACUUUGGUGUUAACAGCAAUGUCAUUGAUGCUAAGGGAAGAACAG